AUGGCGACGGCAAUAUAUCUAGAACAUUAUCUUGACAGCAUUGAAAACCUUCCAUGCGAGCUGCAGAGAAACUUUACACUGAUGCGAGAUCUGGACAACAGGACUGAAGAAAAGAAGGUGGAGAUCGACAAGCUAGCCGAAGAGUACAUCGCCAAGGUGAAGAACCUAGCGUCUGAGCAGCGGGUGGAGCACCUGCAGAAGAUCCAGAGCGCCUACAGCAAGUGCAAAGAAUUCAGUGAUGACAAAGUGCAAUUGGCCAUGCAGACAUACGAAAUGGUGGACAAACACAUACGGCGUCUAGAUGCUGACCUGGCGCGCUUUGAAAACGAACUGAAGGAGAAACUGGAAGUCAGUGGAUAUGAAAGCUUAGACGGACGAGCAUUGAAAAAAGCAGAGUCCCGAGGCCCCCGUGAGAAGCGUGGCUCUAGGGGACGAGGAAGAAAAGGCUCAGAUGAGGAUUCUCCUAAAAAGAAAAAGAUGAAAAGCAGCCCAGACUUGAGCGAUGCCCUCCUGCCCAUGCAGCCAUCGGACGUGCUGGACAUGCCGGUGGACCCCAAUGAGCCCACCUACUGCUUGUGUCACCAGGUGUCGUACGGGGAGAUGAUUGGCUGCGACAAUCCCGACUGUCCCAUCGAGUGGUUUCACUUUGCCUGCGUCGACCUCGCCACAAAACCCAAAGGAAAAUGGUUUUGUCCACGAUGCACUCAAGACAAGAAGAAAAAAUGA